AUGUCUACUUUGCAAAUUGCUGCCAAAGCGCCAUUAGUCGGCUACCCAGCUUUGAUCGCUGCAGCCGUUGUUAAUUCCGCCUCCACCGACGCCCCAAUCAAGGUCGAUUUUGUCGAUGACAAGGUUGCCGCCGCCGACCAGAAGUCUGCUCCGAUCAAGUUAGUUACCGGUGGCACCACCGUUUACGAAACCACCGAAGCCCUCAACGUCCUUGCUGACACCUACCCAGCCGCUUUGUUGGAAAGGGAAGCCUCCCAGACAUGGGUCAAGUUUGCCUUCGAAGAGCUUUCCGUCAAGGACUUCAAGAAGUUGUCGGUUUCCUUAGAAAAGCUCGACGCCCACCUCAACUUCCGCUCCUUUGUGCUCGGCAAUCAGAUCACCUUGGCUGAUGUCGCUGUCUGGGGUGUCUUGAGGGCCAACGCCGUCAUGGGCUCUGUUAUCAAGAACUCUGUUUACAUCAAUGUCACCAGAUGGUAUUCGUUUGUUGAGUCCGACAAGCGUUUCGGCACUGUUGUCGAAUUGAUGGCCGCGUCGCUUGCCGAGUUGAGAAAGAACGCCAAGGCUGCUGCCGGUGGUAAGAAGGAGGGCCACAAGGCUUCCUUCGACAUCGAAUUGAAGGGCGCCAAGGACGGUGAGGUGGUCACCCGUUUCCCACCUGAACCAUCGGGAUACUUGCACAUUGGCCAUGCCAAGGCUGCUAUUCUUAACAAGUACUUUGCCGACAUGUACCACGGUAAGUUGAUUAUCCGUUUCGAUGAUACCAACCCGUCCAAGGAAAAGGUCGAGUUCCAGGAGUCCAUCACUGAGGAUUUGAAGUUGUUGGGAAUCACUGGUGACGUGACCACUUUCUCUUCCGACUACUUCCAGAUCAUGUACGACUACGCCGUCCAGAUGAUCAAGGAUGGCAAGGCCUACUGUGACGACACCGCCGUCGAGCAGAUGCGUGACGAAAGAAUGAACGGAAUUGCCUCCCCAAGACGCGAACGCACCGUCGAGGAAAACUUGAAGCUCUUUACGGAAGACAUGAAGAACGCUACUGAGGAAGGGUUAAAGAACUGUUUGCGUGCCAAGAUCGACUACCAAGCCCUCAACAAGACUUUGCGUGAUCCGGUCAUCUACAGAACUAACUUGACCCCUCACCACAGAACCGGCACUGCGUGGAAAAUCUACCCAACCUACGACUUCUGCUGCCCAAUUGUCGACUCCUUGGAGGGUGUCACCCACGCCUUGAGAACCAUCGAGUACCGCGACCGUAACGCACAGUACGACUGGAUGUUGAACGCCAUGAAGUUGAGAAAGGUGCACAUCUGGGACUUUGCCCGUGUCAACUUUGUCAGAACCUUGCUUUCUAAGAGAAAGUUGCAAUGGUUUGUCGACAAGGAGAUGGUGUCUAACUGGGACGAUCCUCGUUUCCCAACCGUCAGAGGUGUCAGAAGAAGAGGUAUGACGGUUGAAGGCUUGAAGAACUUUGUUGUCUCCCAGGGUCCAUCCAAGAACAUUAUCAACUUGGACUGGAACUUGAUCUGGGCCGUGAACAAGAAGGUCAUCGACCCUAUCGCUCCUCGCCACACUGCUUUGAAUGCUAAAAACUUGGUCAAGGUGCACUUGGCCAACGGCCCGGAAAAGCCAUACUCCGAGAAGAAGCCAAAGCACAAGAAGAAUGCAGAGGUUGGUGAGAAGGAUGUCAUUUUCGCCGCCGACUUGUUGUUGGAGCAGGAGGACGCCGCCACUUUGGAGGACGGUGAAGAAGCCACCUUUAUGGACUGGGGUAACGUUAUCAUCAACAAGAUUCACAAGGAAGGUGAUGUCAUCAAGUCUAUCGACGCUACCUUGCACUUGGAAGGCGACUUCCGUAAGACCAAGCACAAGGUCAACUGGUUGGCUGACACUGCCGAUACUGUCAAGGUUGACUUGGUUGAUUUUGACCACUUGAUUACCAAGGACAAGAUCGAAGACGGCGAAAACUUCGAAGACUUCUUGACCCCAGAAACCGAGUUCCACACUGCCGCCAUUGCCGACUCCAACGUUUCCCAGAUGAAGGAGGGAGAUAUCAUCCAGUUUGAGAGAAAGGGUUACUACAGAUUGGACCAGGUUUCCAAGGACGGCAAGCCAGCUGUAUUCUUCACCAUCCCAGAUGGUAAGUCGGUUAACAAGUAUGGUGCCAAGAAAUAA